AUGAGGAUUCUAUCAUUAUUAGCGUUUCUAACCGCAUGCCAUAGUUAUGAUAUAUUGGAUCCGAAAGAGAGUAGGUCUUACUUGUGUUGAAAGCCGUAAUAAUUAUAUUUCAGGGCCGUUAUUAUCGUUUUUCGUCGGACCUAUGCAUAUACCUGCUUGCUUACUGAAUUGUACUACAAAGUUUCAAGUUGAAUUGAUGUCAUUUGUCACCGGAAAUGUUUCAAUGCAAUCGAGAAAUAAGAUUUGCGGGUAUUUCUCACAAAUUCCUAAUUUUUCUGAUAAACAAUUUUCAGCCUAUACGAAGAUGCUUCCGUCUGCGUCAGAGAACAUUGUUCGGAUUAUGAGAUCUUGUACAGGAAGCUAACUUCAGGAUUUAAUUGGGCUUGUGAUUCUGCAGAUCCAUUCGAGUCAUUGUUCAAAUGUAUUGUUGUGAUGGGAAAACAAGCGCGGGAGGAGAAAAAUUGUGGGACAUUCUGCAACGUACCAACAAAUGCAUUGAUGUCAUUCGAAUCCGCUGAUAAUUUGAUCAGUGGAAUGAAUGACUUUUGUGGACCACUUGCUUGUUAUAUGAAUUGUACAAGAGAACAAAUGAACAGUUAUUGCCCGACAAGUGGAUCUAAACUUAUUCAUGUUGCAGCAAGUGCAUUUGAUGAAUUGAUAUACGAAAUUCAACACACAACUCCUUCUGAAAGACACGAAAUCAUGAGACAAGUUCCUAAAAGUUGUAAACUAUUUUUCAAUCACAAAAUGGUGACAGCAUUUCGUUUCGAUGAGAAAUUUGUUUACGAUUUGUUUUUCAUGAUUACUUCUCGAAAACAACGUGUCAAAAACGGCAAGUUGGAUAAUACAGAAGCUGUGCGAAUUGUUCGAGACUUGAUAUCAAAAAUGGAGAAUGAAGAGAAACCGAAAAAACCAGUGACUUGGACAAAACAAAAUAUUAUGACAGUUAUCUUCAUGGGAUUUGUCCUAUUGUUGAAUAUAAUUGGAUUAGCUUUUACUGUCUAUUGGUGUCUCAAUAUGAAUAAUGAAGGUGUGGCAAGUACGAACAAUCCCAAUUUAGAAAUCGAUCAUUUCUUGGAACCACAAAUUCGAAUGAAAGUCAAGUUUCCAAGAUUGAGAGCAGAUGCUAUAAAGGAUAGUUAUCAAGAUGUUUUGGAGAUGCGCGUGCCAAGAAAUGGAAAUCAAGGAGGAUUGGAUGGUUAGAUUUUUUCAAUUCAUAAUUAUUAUUCAAAAAUAUAUAUUCAGAUGAACAAACGACAGUUGUUGUUCCACGUGACAAAUACCGUCGUCGUCGAACAUUCUCAGUUCCAAUCGAACAAACACAUAAUCGAAAUUCAACGGGUUCUGAUAAAUUCCCACAAGUAGUAGUUUUGCGUAACCAUCACGAGCUUUAA